AAACAAUGAUAACAAAUAUUUACCUUCAUUUAUUUAAACAAAAUCACUUGACAUUACAAUAAUGUUGAUGACCGAUACUUUUACUGCAGCUCAUGACAAUUUAAUUAAAAAUCAUGGGACACCAGGAUUAUGGUUUGCUCAUACAGCUGAUCAUUGUGAAACACCGCCGAAACCACGUGUACGGCUUGAUGCCAUUGGAAUAGCUGAUCGUAAUAAAAAGCACCUGACAACAGCGGAAAUUAGUGGAUUCGUGAAUGAUUUUUCAAAUGCUGGAACCAAUUUCUCAACUGAUGAAACAAACAUAGAACAGAAACCACAAUUACGUUUAAGAACACCAGAAGCAUAUGGUAUCGCACAAAAGUCAAAAUCAGAAAGUGAUAAAUGGUGCGAUUUUGCUGAGAAUUUACACUAUCAACCUGUGGUAAGACCACCCAGAAUAGGAACUGGAGAACUUGCCAAAGCUAUUUUAAAGAAUAUGACACAAGAAUGUGAUUGGUUUAAACAUAAACCAUUUAGUCAAUCAAACGGUGAAAUAACUUCUGCUAAAAAAAUAUCAUCCAGUUACAGCCGGCGUAAUGAAAUGAACAAUUGGUUUACACAUUCACAAACGAAAGAACCUUCAAGUCACUCUACUUCUAACCAUCCAGUUCGUUCAAGAGUAAAGUAUGAAGGUGUAGAAUAUGCAAUAAGAGAUCGUGGUUUAGACGAUUUGCUUAGCAUGAAAAUGUCACCUAACGAACUUUAUAGCUCAUUUCCCUAUGGAUGCCCAACUAGGGAGGCACAAAACAAUGCUCAAUGGUCUAAAACAGGAACUGAAAUGGCGUUGUGUUUAGGCAGAAAUUUACAACAGAUGGAUAUUGAUAACCACUCGUCUUUGUUAACUCGACCACAUUCUGCAACUGUCCGAGGAUCUGAUGCUGAGCAGUGGAGACUACUUGGUCGCAAUGGACACAUAAGUAAUUCUAUGUCUUUAGAAGCUGAAGAAGGUAAUUUGUUGUAUUCAAACAGGUUAUUUUGACUGAAAGAUUGUCGGUGAGAACAAAGUUUCUUCCAGAUGUUUUUACUACUAUCAACACCAUCAUUACUACCACUUCUACCACUGAGUCAUAUACAUCUUUCAUUGGUUUGAUAUUUUACAUAUGUGUAUAUAAAUGCAACAAUAUAUUUAAAAUAAAGUCUGAGAUGGAUUGACUAAAAAUAAUUACUCUUAGCUUGUAUAUCUAGCUCUGAGGCAAUGGGGAUCUUAAAUAUCUGGAAAUAAGAUAGUUUUAAAUGUCUUAUCCCUCUAAAAAAUAACGUUUGCUUGGGUUCGUUCCGUAUUGUUGUAUUCGUUGGAUGUUGAGCAUAUUAAUCAUUAUUUUAAACAACAUAUAGCCAUCCAAUAGUCUACCACUGUUAUCGUCAUUAUUACUACUUCCAUUGUUUUCUAUCUUCAUGAUCAUAAUAAUGACAAUAUAUCUUAAAUAAAUCUGUCAUCUUCAACUUAAUAAACCACUGAAUGAACUAAAUUAGGAUAGUAGGACUUAAAGUAUUCUAAAAGCCACUAUAUAAUAAGUCAGGAUGACCAAAUAUACUAAUGCCAUGUGACAAGUAAGUUUAGACACAUGUGGAAAUAAAUCAUUUUAAUUACUAAUAAUUGCCUUCAAACCCCGAUUAUUAACUCACUGUCUAACUAGACCUAAUAACUUAAUGAAUGUAUAUUUAAACUGUCAUUGUUUACGUCUUCAUUUUAUUGAAAUUAGACCCUUCAAACAUUGUGCAUCAUCGUGUUCGACCAGAUGGUGAAAUCAUUUUAGAGAAAUCUGGUUCUGGUUCUCAAGUUAUUGAUUGCCUGAAUAUGUGCAAUAAUAAUAAAGACGACAGUAAUACUGUCUUUUCAGGUUACCGUCUAAGAACUGAAGAAGCUCUUGAAGCUAUGAAAAGAAACCAAGGUCAAAUGUCUGACUACUUAGGUAGUAAAGCAAGUUCAGUAACAAAAUGUUAUGGAAGAAAGUUUCAGGUAAGCUAAUAGGAGAUGUAUCCUUGGUUCUGGAACCCUUUUCACUAACCUGAUAGAAGCUGAUAUUUCUUUGUUGCUUAACGUCACUUCAUAACCUUGCACAACUAAGCUGUCCAGUUUGACAGGGCUUUUUUCCAAUCGCACUUAGAGAUCCGAGAACAGCGAUUAUAAAAAUAUAUAAUUAAAUAGUUUAUGAAAUUUGAUCAGAUCAAAGACAUUUAUCACCACAGUUAUAUAAAUGAAGAGGUUAUCUAAAAUCUAGAAGUUCUGGACAGUUAUUUUCUUCUAACCUGGAAGUCAACCAACUGUACGACGCCGUGGUCGUAAGACAUGAAGAAUACAAGUUCAGUCCUGUAUGAGCACUAUGUCAUUCAUAAUAACUCCAUCAGUCAUUAGUUUUUUUUGUUACUUCAUGUAUUCCCAUAUGAUAGAUAGUAAAUUAACUAUUCUUUUAGUCGUUUGAUUUUAGAAAAAAGCUAGUUUAUUUAGUCACUGAAGCCGUUAUAGAAGAUAAUCUUAUAUACAAUCAAGAUUUGAUUUAAAUUUUAUUCUCUUUUACACUAAUGACUAAAUUUAGCUAGAAAAUUAUUGAAAACCAGAAACUAUAUACAGAUAUUCAUUUGUUGUGGUCUCUAGUCUUGAAACUUUAAUUCUCAAAUGGGUUUUGUAGAUAUGUAGAUAUAAGUUCAUAUGUGUAUAAUCUCACAUUUUUGUGGUUAAAAGUCAUCGUUAGCGAGAGAUAACAUGUUAAUUUUAUAAUUUCUUUUAGUGAAAUAAUGGUAAUUAGCUGUUCGUCGAAAAGAUUAAUGACAUUUUUAUUUAUCCUUUUCCGAUUUCAUCACAUAACUGGAAGAUCCGUGCUGUAAGAGGAUCAGAAGCACAUGAAGCUGCAUUGAAUAAUAAAGGUUCUGCCAUGAAAGAAUUAAUCACUCAUGAUCAUCUACCUCCCAGUCCUGUUGGAUGUGGAUUUGCUCAUGUUAGUCAAGAAGCCCAGGAAACUGCUAAUCUGAGCCGUACAGGUAUGAUUUCUGGUUUACUCGGUGGUCCUUCAAUGUCAAAUAUUCCACUUGUUGGAGUUGAAGCACCUCCACAAAGACAUGUUCAAUAUGAAGCUAUUGAAUAUGCCAAUCGUGAUCAAGGCCAAGAAAUGAAAAGCAUUUUAACACAGAAUUGGAAAUAAAAUGAAAUCUAGUUAACUUUAUAGGGAGAAAUAAAUGUAUUUAUGAC